CACCGCGCGCACCGCGAGGAUCGAGGAGGCCCCGGAGCCGCCAAGCGAACCGAAGGCCGAAGGCCGAAGCCUGACGAAGGACCCGCCGACCGCGACCAGACCGCGAGUGCCUCGCCCGCCUCGCCCGCCUCGCCUCGGCGCCGCAACAUGCACUGGGAUUACUAAGCGCCGAACGACCCAAAGGCACCAUGGAGAGCCCCGGCGGCUCGCGAGGCUCCGGCCGCGGCUCCCCGGCCUCGUCCGCGGGCGGGGCCACGCCCCCCACGCCCCCCGGGCCCGAGGUGGCGCUGGCGCAGCUCCAGGAGGACGCCACCAGCUCCAUGACGCUGGCCUGGAACGACCUCUCCGUGUGGGUGCGGAGGCGGAAGGAGGGUGCCGGGCUGCUGAGCCGCCAGAAGUACGAGCACAAGCAGAUCCUCAACAGCGUGAGCGGAGUGGCCAAGUCGGGGACCCUCAUGGCCAUCAUGGGCGCCAGUGGCGCCGGCAAGACGACGCUGCUGGCCACGGUGAGCCAGCGCGUCAAGGGCAUCAUGCGCGGCGAGAUCCUGGUGAACGGGCACGUGGUGGACCAGCAGUUCAUGUGCAAGGUGUCGGGCUUCGUGCCGCAGCAGGACCUGGCAGUGGAGUGCCUGACGGUGCGGGAGCACCUUGAGUUCAUGGCGCGGCUCAAGAUGGACCAGCGCGUGCGCGCCAGCCAGCGGCACCGCCGCAUCCUGUCGCUGCUCAUGGACCUGGGGCUCAGCAAGUGCUGCCACACGCAGCUCCGGCGGCUGUCCGGCGGCGAGCGGCGCCGCGUGUCGCUGGCCGUGCAGCUGCUAACCGACCCCCCGUUCCUGUUCUGCGACGAGCCCACCACGGGCCUGGACAGCUACAGCGCCGGCGCCGUCGUCGAGCACCUGCGCCUGUUCGCGGCGCGCGGCAAGGCCGUCAUCUGCACCAUCCACCAGCCCGCGUCCGGCAUCUUCGACCUGUUCCACCAAGUGCUGCUCGUCGCCGGCGGCCGCGUCGCCUUCUUCGGCGACGUGGCGGACGCGUCGCGGCACUUCGACAACCUUGGCCUCGUGUGCCCGAGCACCUUCAACCAGGCCGAGUUCCUGGUGUCGCAGCUCGCCAUCAUCCCCGGCAGGGAGGGCGAGUGCCUCAAGAAGGUGCAGUGGCUGUGCGACGAGUUCGACAACUCCAAGUACGGCCAGGCGCUGUCCGACCAGCUGGCCGCCCACACGGGACGCUUCCUGCGCUCCGAGUCCCACGAGGCGGACAGCGACAGGGCCGACGGCCUGGGGCACAGCCUCAGCAGGGUGGGCAGGAGCUGGUCCGUCGCCAGCUGCGACAGCUACGAGAACAGCGAGGAGUUCCAGAAGUACCUGAACAUAAAGAAGCCGAGGAGGUUCACGCAGUUCUACUGGCUGGUGUGGCGCUCGCUCAUCGAGAUCCGGCGGCAGCCCACGGACAUCCUCAUCCGGCUGGGCAUGCUGAUGUUCAUCGCGGUGCUCAUCUCGACACCCUACGUGAGCAUCACCAGGGACCAGAAGGGCAUCCAGAACAUGCAGGGCUUCCUGUACCUCAUCGUGACCGAGAUCAUCUUCGCCUACUCCUACAGCGUGUUCCACACGUUCCCCCACGAGAUGCCGGUGCUGCUCAGGGAGAUCGGAAACGGGCUGUACACGCCGGGGCCCUACUACGCCUCCAAAAUGCUCAUCCUGCUCCCCCGCGCCAUCGUGGAGCCGUUCCUCUACACCCUGGUCGUGUUCCUGGUGGGCGGGCUGACGGGCGGCAUCACGGACUUCUUGUUGCUGCUGGUGCCGGUGUGGGCCUGCGCCAUCGCGGCCACGGCAUACGGGUGCUUGAUGUCGGCGUCCUUCGAGUCCAUCGAGACCGCCGCCAUGGUGUCCGUGCCGUACGAGUUCAUCUCCGUCACCUUCAGCGGGCUGUACAUCCAGCUCGGAAACCUGCCCGCUCACUUGGCGUGGGUCCCGUUCGUGUCGCUGUUCUACUAUGGCAAUGAGGCGGUGUCCAUCCUGCAGUGGGAGAAGAUCGACUCCAUAGCGUGCGACGAGGACCCUGGCAUUCCCUGCAUCUCCUCCGGCCAGGGCGCGCUGGAGAAGUACGGCUACCACGCCGACGACCUGGGGCUGGACAUCGCGGGGCUGGCCGGCAUCUACGUGUUCUGCCACUUGUUCGGCUUCAUCGCGCUGUGGCGGCGCAGCAAGCGCCAGGCGGUGUACUAGAGUCUCUUGUUUUUGUUGUUUAGAAUAGUUAACUCUGUCGUUGUCGUUGAUGUUUUUGUUGUUGUUGUCGCGAGGCGAGGUCUAGUCUUCUUGCAAGGUUUAGAAAUGACAUGACUCACGGCGUAACCGCAAUGCGUGCUCAGCACUGAGUAUAUUCAGUCGUUCUCUUUAGUCGUUCGGGGAGUCAACGCUGGUGUUAUUUUAACUAAUUGUAAGGAAAGAUUUGUAUAAAGAAUUGUUUGUCGUGUA